AUGUCCUUCCUUGCUGAUUUUGAGCCGGCUCUUAUUCACGCACCUUUUGACCGUCACCAACGUCAAGCAACUGGAUCAAAGACUCCUUCAACGGAUUUAUUCACUUUCCGUUUUAAACCUUCCGUAAAAGUUGUUCCUAAAUUAUCAACCAUCUCUUCAAUUUCAUCUUUGGCAACACCGGAAAUCAAAAAAGCUAAUUGCACAUCUUCAAUAACCUCGAAAAAGAUGCCAACGAUGAGCAUUUCCUCAUCGUCUGCUCCUUCAUUAUCCAUACAACAAGUUCGAUAUGAUCGAAAAUAUUGGACAGACAAAUUGGUUACGUUUAUACUUAUGAUGCCUUACUAA